CAGCGCGAGUAAUUUAACAUGGCGGAAAAUGCCACCGUAGAGGCUCCGAGCCCGCGGGGGUGUGCGGAUGGGGAGGACGCAGAGCCCCAAGAGGAGGGGAUGGCAGAAACGCCGAGAGAUGAUCAGGAGCAAUUUGAGUGCCAGGAACUGCUCGAGUGGCAAGUGCAGGUGGGGGGCCCCGAGGAAGAAGAGGACGCGGGCCCGGUGGCCGAGGCCGAGGCCGAGGCGGUAGCUGCCGGCUGGAUGCUCGAUUUCCUCUGCCUGUCUCUUUGCCGGGCCUUCCGCGACGGCCGCUCCGAGGACUUCCACCGGACCCGCGACAGUGCCGAGGCUAUUAUCCACGGAAUGUCCAGUCUAACAGCUUAUCAAUUGAGAACUAUAUACAUAUGUCAGUUUUUGACAAGAAUUGCAGCAGGAAAAUCCCUCGAUGCACAGUUUGAAACUGAUGAACGAAUUACACCCUUGGAAUCAGCCCUGACAAUUUGGGCUUCAAUUGAAAAAGAACAUGACAAACUUCAUGAAGAAAUACAGAAUUUAAUUAAAAUUCAGGCUAUAGCUGUUUGUAUGGAAAAUGGCAAUUUUAAAGAAGCAGAAGAAGUCUUUGAAAGAAUAUUUGAUGACCCGAAUUCUUAUGAGCCUUUAAAAAGGAAAUUGCUUAUGAUAAUCUCUCAGAGAGAUACAUUCCACUCAAUUUUUCAACACUUCAGCUACAACAACAUGAUGGAGAAAAUUAAGAGUUAUGUGAAUUAUGUGAUAAAUGAAAAAUCAUCAGCCUUUCUUAUGAAGGCCGCAGCAAAAGUAGUGGAGAGUAAAAGGACAAGAACAACUCAAGAUAAAGCAAGUGCUAACGGUAUUGAAGUGGAAACCGAAGCUAGUUUGGAUAUAGGAGAAAGUGUUAGUGACAAACGGUCUGCAACUGAAUUCUCAGGGGGUACAGUAUCCUUACCAAGGUCUCACAAGAAGUUCUUUGUAUCCAAGUCAAAACAUAGAUGCCAACAACAGGAUUUUAAUAGGCAAGAAGAAAGAAUGGAAACUCUUCAAAGUGAAAGAAUGAAAAGACUCAGGAGACAAGCUGCUGAAAAAGAGAGAAGACAUGUUUCGAAGAGUCAGCCAGUAACUUCUAAAACACAUCGAUCUAGGAAAAAACAGGCUUGGCUUUGGGAAGAAGACAAGAAUCUGAGAUCCGGUGUGAGGAAAUACGGAGAGGGAAACUGGUCUAAAAUACUGUUACAUUAUAAAUUCAACAACCGAACAGGUGUCAUGUUGAAAGACAGAUGGAGGACUAUGAAGAAGCUAAAACUGAUUUGCUCAGACAGUGAAGACUGAAUGUGUUUGUAAAAGCUUGACAGAAGGACAGUUAAAUACUUUGAUCACUGCAUUUUGUUUGAAACUUGGUGGUCAUUGAUGUAUCUUAAAAUUUUUGUCUAAAGCAUUACAGUGUCAUUAUAGUAUCACUUUAAUUAAUAUGAAGAUUUAUGCUAUAAGAGUAAGAUUAUAUGCCAUCAUUGCAUUCUUUAAGAAUCUUUUUCCUCUGAUAAAUGUAAACUUGUUGAACCCUGCUGCUUUCAAUAACCCUAUCCCCAAAUCCUAUUCCAAUAAAAAAAAAAAAUUGAAAACCUGGUAAGAGAAAAAAUAUUCCUAUUAACCUAUGCUGUGUCUGUAAGCUCACUUGACCUUUGUAACACACAUAAAAAUGAAGUUUUUUUAAGACUUGAUUUAUGGCCUUAAUAUAUUAGUUACUAAUACAUUUGUAUAUAGAAUGAUACAUGUACAAAGUAAUCCAUGAGUUGUAACAUUCUUAAAUUUUCCUUUCAGUUGUUUUAUAUAGAGGAGAAAACUUAAAAAUAGUAAUACCCAUAGGAGGACAAAGUUUGUACUAUUACCAAGAAUAGCUUCAUGUCUCAUUUAGGUACAUUUAACUUUGUUCCAGUGUUAAAACUUUGACAAAGAUGGUUUUAAAUCUGCCUUUAACCUGGUGCCAUAAAUACCAGUUUCUUUGAUUUUUUUUUUUCUCUAUAUUUUCAUUUAAUACAUCGAUAUUGGGCCUAAGUGGUAUUCUGUAAAUGCUUAAAUUAGUGUUACCCAUGGUAAUUUUGAUGUCUAUGAUAAUUGCUAAAUAAAUAAGGUCAUCCAUAUCUUACUGAACAA